AUGCCUAACACCUCUAACAUCACUGAAUCUACAUCAAUUACUAUAACAACAACAACAACAACUUCUGAUUUGUUAAGAAGUCCUGCAAAAUGCGUGUGCACUAACACACCUUCCGCCCCCUCUUCGUCUACUUCGACGUCUUCUUCUGUGAGAUCAUUGUCUUUAAAAGUCAAUCACAACAUAGUGAACAACAAUGAAUUACAAUCUCAAAUGAAUGCAUUUCCAGUUGUAUCUGUUCAAAAUACUGCAAAAAACGCAAUACCGGCAAAAUUUCCACUACGUGAAGCUCAUUCAAAAUCUGCAUGUGAAAAGCGAGGAAUGCUAAAAUGGGCAUGUCAAAACUAUCCGGUUGUCUAUCUUGCAGGAUUAAUCUUUGGAGCUGUUUCCUCUAUAACACUUUACACAAUAAGAUGUUUACUGCAGAAUCCUGAUCUGUUCAUUCCAUUCUAUGAUAAGGUUCCGCGUGAUGAAUACUACUUUGAUAAACAUUAUUUUGGUGCACAACAACCAGAAAAUAUGGAUGUCGUCCCACCAGUUCGAAUGCAUCAUAACGGAGUUCUAGAGUUUCCAUAUGAAGAGCACAGGAAGUAUGUACAUCCUCCUGAAGAAUAA